UGGAUUUGAGCAUCUAGCGUCGUCUUCUCGGGGAAGGAGACCGUCCCAUCCUCUCCCUGUCCCGUCUCCCGACCCGUACGCUUUUCCUCAACUCGCGCGCACGAAUGGUUAAAAAAAAAAAAAAAAAGGGUGUGAGGCUCGAGCCCGCCAGCCAGGCCUCCAGCACCUAGCGCGCGCCCUCGGCGAGGACCCGCGCGAGCUGCCCGUGACGCUGCCUGCGCUGUUUGAAACUGCAGAACCCGUUAGGAUCUUGGGGAAACUACCGUUCCAGCUGGUUCCCGAGCCCGUGCGUACCAGGGGGGCGAGCGGCGGUCGCGAGGCGGCUCCUGCCUUUCGCGUCUCUGCAGCGUGGCGACUAGAACCGGCACUUUCGAAGGACGCCACCUCCAAUCGCAGUGCUGGCGCGGGCGGAGGCUAAAACACGGGGGUCCUGAGAGUGAGGAAAACGCGCCAAGUUCCCCUCGGUGGUGGAGUGGGAAAGACCCUAGCGGUUCAGGCGCUGGGCCAACGGGGCUACUUCUGGUGCUCCUUGCCAUCCCGGGGCGGUGGCGGGUGGGGGCGGGCGUCGCUCCCGGGAUGUAGUUGGUGCCGGCGCAGGGCAGGACCGAGCGGCAGCCCGGAUUCCCGCUCUUGAGAGCGAAUGGUCACUCCCCUGUGGGGAGGGCGAUCCGGCCAGCUUUACCUUGGGUCCGGGGCCCUUGGGGCCCCGGGCAGGGUCUCACCUGUCGCACCCACACCCAUCCCGGCUGCACUCGGGGCGUCACCGCCGCGGACCUCGCUUUGGGCCAUGACCAGCAGAUAUGAUUGGUGAUUACAACAUCCUUACAUAAAUUAAUUCUUGUCAACUCCUUGGGAUUUGAAGAGAAAAUGCCUGGUGUCAUACCUACUGAAAGUAAUGGGCUUUCAAGAGGUAGCCCCUCAAAGAAAAACAGACUUUCCUUGAAGUUUUUUCAGAAAAAGGAAACUAAGAGAGCCUUGGAUUUCACAGAGUCUCAAGAAAAUGAAGAAAAGGCUUCUGAAUAUAGAGGAUCUGAAAUUGAUCAAGUUGUUCCUGCAGCACAGUCCUCACCUGUAAACUGUGAGAAGAGAGAAAACUUGUUACCAUUUGUGGGACUGAAUAAUCUCGGCAAUACUUGUUAUCUUAAUAGUAUACUUCAGGUAUUAUAUUUUUGUCCUGGUUUUAAAUCUGGAGUGAAGCACUUAUUUAACAUUAUUUCAAGGAAGAAAGAAGCCCUAAAAGAUGAAACCAAUCAAAAAGAUAAGGGAAAUUGCAAAGAAGAUUCUUUGGCAAGUUAUGAACUAAUAUGCAGCUUACAGUCCUUGAUCAUUUCAGUUGAACAGCUUCAGGCUAGCUUUCUCUUAAAUCCAGAUAAAUACACUGAUGAACUUGCUACUCAGCCAAGGCGACUGCUUAACACACUCAGGGAACUCAACCCUAUGUAUGAAGGAUAUCUACAGCAUGAUGCACAGGAAGUAUUACAAUGUAUUUUGGGAAACAUUCAAGAAACAUGCCAACUCCUAAAAAAAGAAGAAGUAAAAAAUGUGGUAGAAUUAUCUACUAAGGUAGAAGAAAAACCUCAUCAGAAAGAGGAAAUGAGUGGUAUUAACAGCAUAGAGAUGGACAACCUGAGGCAUUCUGAAGACUAUAAAGAAAAACUCGCAAAAGGAAAUGGGAAAAGAAAAAAUGACACUGAAUUUGGCAACAUGAAGAAGAAAGUUAAAGUAUCCAAGGAACACCAGUCAUUGGAAGAGAACCAGAGACAAACCAGAUCAAAAAGGAAAGCUACCGGUGAUACAUUAGAGAUUCCUUCUAAAAUAAUCCCCAAGUAUGUUUCUGAAAAUGAAAGUGCAAGACCCUCACAAAAGAAAUCAAGAGUUAAAAUAAAUUGGUUAAAGCCUGCAGCUAAGCAACCCAGCAUUCUUUCUAAAUUCUGUAGUCUGGGGAAAAUAACAACCAACCAGGGAUCCAAAGGACAGUUGAAAGAAAAUGAAUAUGAUCUUGAAGAGGACUUGGGGAAGUGUGAAAAUGAUAACACAACUAAUGGUUGUGAACUUGAGUCUCCGGGGAAUAAUGUUAAGCCUGUUAAUGUUAAUGAAGUUAAGCCCAUAAACAAAGGUGCAGAGCAAAUUGGUUUUGAGCUAGUAGAGAAAUUAUUUCAAGGUCAGCUGGUUUUGAGGACUCGUUGCUUAGAAUGUGAAAGUUUAACAGAAAGAAGAGAAGAUUUUCAGGACAUCAGUGUACCAGUACAAGAAGAUGAGCUUUCCAAAGUAGAGGAGAGUUCUGAAAUUUCUCCAGAGCCAAAAACAGAAAUGAAGACCCUGAGAUGGGCAAUUUCACAGUUUGCUUCAGUGGAGAGGAUUGUAGGAGAAGAUAAAUAUUUCUGUGAAAAUUGCCAUCAUUAUACUGAAGCCGAACGAAGUCUUUUGUUUGACAAAAUGCCUGAAGUUAUAACUAUUCAUUUGAAGUGCUUUGCUGCUAGUGGCUUGGAGUUUGAUUGUUACGGUGGUGGACUUUCCAAGAUCAACACUCCUUUACUGACACCUCUUAAACUGUCACUAGAAGAAUGGAGCACAAAGCCAACCAACGACAGCUAUGGAUUAUUUGCAGUUGUGAUGCACAGUGGCAUUACCAUCAGUAGUGGGCAUUACACUGCUUCUGUUAAAGUCACCGACCUUAACAGUUUAGAGCUAGAUAAGGGAAAUUUUGUGAUCGACCAAAUGUGUGAAAUAGGUAAGCCAGAACCACUGAAUGAGGAGGAAGCAAGGGGUGUGGUUGAAAAUUAUGAUGAUGAAGAAGUGUCAAUUAGAGUCAGUGGAAAUACACAGCCAAGUAAAGUUUUGAACAAAAAAAAUGUAGAAGCUAUUGGACUUCUCGGAGGACAAAAGAGCAAAGCAGAUUAUGAGCUAUACAACAAAGCAUCUAAUCCUGAUAAAGUUGCCAGUACAGCAUUUGCUGAAAAUAGAAAUUCUGAGACUAACAAUACUAAUGGGACCCAUGAAUUUGAUACAGACAAGGAAUCCAGUGACCAAACAGGCAUUAACUUUAGUGGAUUUGAGAACAAAAUUUCAUAUGUAGUGCAAAGCUUAAAGGAGUAUGAGGGGAAGUGGUUACUUUUUGAUGAUUCUGAAGUAAAAGUUACAGAAGAGAAGGACUUUCUGAAUUCUCUUUCCCCUUCUACAUCUCCUACAUCUACUCCUUAUUUGCUAUUUUAUAAGAAAUUAUAGAGUAUUUUCCUUAUGUAUAUAUUAAACAGACCUGGACAAAAGCUGGUAAAGUUGAUUACAUCAGAGUCUAGCUUAUCUUUUGAAGCUAUUGGAUAUUAUUGGUCUCUCUAGGUUUUUAUAUAGUGAAAUUUGAAUUACUGAAAACCAUGUUAAUUUUUAGAAUUCAUUUCUCAUAGUAGAGACUAGUGAUGCAUUAGCUUCUGGAAACAAACUUGUAUAGGUUCUUAAUUGAAUUAUUCAAAUGGGAAGCAUUUAAACACUUUUGAAUUUACACCUAUCUUUGUGUUUGCUUUUUAAAAUAAAGUGCUUGUAUUUGUAUCUCCAUAUUUUGGAGUAAUUAUAUGAUGUUUAUAGGUCUUGUGGUUUUUCAGCUAAGAAGCAGAAUCUCAUUCAGUACAUUUAGUUUUAUAAGUCAUGAAGCCAAAUCUUUAAUGGGUUGUAUUUAGAGGCACAAAGUCUGGAAUAUGUGUGUAUUCACAGUAGUGUAUAUUUUGUGCCUUGAAUCACUUUGAAAAGUAUCUCAGAAAAUCUGGACAGCUAGUCCCCUUUUAUCUUCACAAGAAUUUUAUAUGUAUUUAUGAAAAUGAUUCUGUAUUCUAGUAAAUCUUCUUGGGCAUGGACUAAUUUGUAUCUCUUCAUAGUCAUAUUCUGCACGAUCUGUAUAUAUAGUAUAUCAAAUUUAGAGGUAUGACCUUAAAUUUAACUUUUUUUUAAAAACCGGGAGGUCAAUAAAAUUUAAACUGCUUAACAACUAUGUAUACAACUCAAAUUUUUUUACUUGCCUAUUUUUUAAUAAUUGUAGCUGAGUUCUUGUAAGAAAAUGUAUGUGUAUGUAUAAUAUGUGCAUAUAUACACACACAUACCUAGAAGAGAAUAAACAUGCGUAAUUACCUUUAAUAAUACUGUGAUAGUUGGAGGUGAAGAGAUUUUUCAAAUAGGAGAAACUGCUUAGUCCAUCCAUGUUGUCAUAUUUAAGUUUAUAGUAAAAACUGCAUUCUAGUAGUCCUUUAAAGUAGACGUAACUUUAUGGAAUCCGUAAAGAUGAUGCUUUGUGCACACACAAAAAUGUUAAAUUUUCAUUCUAAAUGUAUAUUAAAUUGGUAAAUGAUCAGUUACCUUAUGGCUUAAGACAUUAAAAAAAUCUGAAUAUAUAAUGCCAUUAGAGUAACACUUCUAUACCCCCAUUUCAACAAAUAAGAGUACCUGUCAACUAAUAAAUUAGUCCCACAGUUAAA